UUCUUAGCAUUCACAUCCUGUUGACCUCUGUGUAUUGCUGGUUCCCACAUAUAUUGUGUCCGGCAGGUAUCUAAAAUCAAGCAUCAAACCAAAAACACCACAAGUUUUAAGACAGAAUCUCUAUUACAUCAACCGCAAAGAGAAUGUGUGAUAAAAUAUAUAAACUUACAUUUCUUCCUCUUCGCCACUCUUCAUUGAAUCCUUGGUGAUACAGAUGAAAGUGUAUUAUACAUUGGUGCCUUCUUUGGCAGAGGUUUCAUAGUAUGGAAUGUUUCCUUUUGAAGCACACCAAGCUCGAGCUUCCUUCUCUAAAACUACUCGACUGUUUCCACCAUCCACAUUGAUUUUAUUACCGAUGACAAUGAAGGGAAAGUUCUCUGGAUCCGACGGACUUGCCUGCAAAUCAGAGUAACAAGACUUGAAUAAAGACAUCUGGAGCAUGUGGGAAGAUAGCAUGAAUACACACACAUACCUGGAUCAGAAACUCUUCCCUCCAAUUAUUGAGAUAUUCAAAUGAUUUAGCGGAAUUGACAUCAUAGACAAGCACACAGAAAACAGCACCACGAUAAAAAGCUACACCAAGGCUUUGGAAUCUAUAAAAAAAGAAGAAGCAAGACCUUAGCUCUUAUGGUCAAACAAAGAGAGCAGUACAUAGAGUACUUGGGGAUCAAUUCUUAAUCUAGAACAGAGUAUGUUACUAAACAUUAGAGAAUAACAUGUAAACUAUCUUUAUGGUAGAACCCUAUGUCUAUUCAUGCAUGCCAAAAGAAAACCUUCUUGUAAUUACAUUAGGAAACAUUAUAAAAAAUUUCUAACUUGGAAUAAAUGCACAACUAUCCCACCACAGAACUAAAGUUUCCAUUGGUACAAGAUGAAGCAGCAGAGAUUAUCAGUCUGAAGCUGCUCAACUUUGUUUCUAAUUUUACCUCUGCAACUUGGGAGUCAUACUCAAUCGAGUCCAAGAAGAAUCAAAAGAAAGAAAGUAGUUGACUUGGUACAACACAAACCUGUAAAGUGAAGAGGCGGUCUUCAUACUGUAAUUCCUUAGUCAAGAAAUCGGCUCCAAUGGUGGCUGAACUUCUUGUUAACAUAUCUCAAAGGCGUUGACGUUAAAGCCAAACAAGAGCACAUACUAAUUAAUAGAGACCAAAAAUGUAAUCUUUCCAUUUCUAGAAAACCAUAAUUAACAGAGAGUUUAGGAUACUGAUUCAUCAAAAUUACAAGUCCGGUGGAUUCAAUUGCUGAUUACUGAGUGAAGAUCUUUUCAUAAAUAAUUUUUCACAUUCUUCGAAUAUGGUACAAAGAGUCAAGUCAGUAUUCAAAUAUAUUCUUUUGCAAGAAGACAAACUACUUAGAGAAACCACCAAGUGAAAAUAAAACAUGACCUUAACUAGCAGCAGUAUCAUCACUUAAAGAAACUAAGUCUCCUCUAAGAGCCUACAAGAAGAAGAUAACAAACAACAUCUGAUUCAUAACUUCCCAUUUACAAACGAAUUCAAUUCCAAUAACAUUUUUUUAAAUCACGAAGAAGCGACACCGAACAGAACGAAUCUAAUCACUAAAUCACCAUGAAGAAGCAGAUACAUACAUAGAUACAUAUAAAUAGAGAAACAAAGAAAAAAACAGACCCGCUAUCACCGAGGAUGAUGACCUUGAGGAGAGUUCUUCUACGAGUAGUAAUCAUCCUUUUCUUUUUUUUUAUGAAACUUUAACUUGGUACUGUUGUUGACAUGUCUUCGAUAAAAUGAGAAUAAUAAAGAAAAAUUGUUUUUAGGCCAAACAUAAACUAAUUUCACAUAUUUUAUGUUUCAUUAGGUUAAUUAUUUUCAAAAUGGCAAUAAUUCCCUUAAAUUCAAUUAUAAAUUCGAAAUUACAAUUAACAAACCAAUAGUAAAUAUUAAAAUAUAAUAAAUAAUUAAAGUAAUUAAAAUAAAAGAAAACAUUAAAAAAUCUCAAAAAGAAAAUAAAUCUAAACCUACACUUUAUGUCCAACAAUUUUUUUCUUUUUUUUUUCUUUUGAAAAAUUGAUUUUUUCAUAUAUGGAAACAAAAUAUUUCCAAAUAUUUUCUUUCCAUAUUUUGCAGAACUGAUUAUUCUUAUUCGUAAAAUACAGUAAAUCUGUAGAACUUAGUUCCUACAGGUUUUUAGAUUUAUAGUAAUGUAUAGAUUUUGAUUUCUACAUGUAUUAGAUUUACAGUAAAUAUGUAGAACUCGUAUUCUACAAGUUUUAGAUUUAUAGUAAUAUGUAGAUUCUGAUUUCUAUAGAUUUUAGAGCGAUAGGUUAAGUGCGGAAUGUGUAUUCUAAAUAUUUUUAGAGUACUAUUAUUUACGUACAUCACGUAUUCUAAACAUAGUAGAUUCAAUGAAGAAAGUGGAUUUUAUUUUCUACUUAGUAGAAUGCCAAUUCUACUUUAUGUAGAAUAUAAUUUGAAAUUACGAUUUAAACAAUUUUAGAACUGAAAAAAUACCACAAGUUCAUGUAUUUCAUCAGUAGUUACUAUUUUCCAUUUUUUAGAUUGUAAAACUAUUUAUUUAUUUAUUUUCAAAAAUAAUAAAGGGCAUUAGAGGCAAACGUGGUAAAAAUAAUAAUUAGCCUAAUGGGACAUAAUUACAAUUUUUUGGGCCUAAAAAAAUAAUUUUCCUUAAAAAUAAUAACGAAAAUUAAGAAAGAAUAGCCAAAAAAAUUCCAUCAACUUGGGCAAAAAGUUGAAAUAAAUUUUUAACUUUUGUUAAAACCAGUUUAAUCUUCAAUUUUUUAAAAUUGUAUAUAUUAAAUAUCAACUUUAGUUAGCCAUGCCGUUUUAGAUACCUGAAAAAUUAAUGUUAAAUCGAUUUAAUAAUUGAGGUUUUGUGUAUCUAAAAUAGCUUGAUCAACAGAAGUUGAAGUUUAAGAUUGGCUAAUUGUUAAAGUUGAUGAUUAAAAUGGCUUAAACUAAAGUUCAUGUUUUUUAUUUCGUUUUGAAAAAUCUAAUUGUUUUUUACUUAGUUAUUUAUUUAAUAAAACCACUAAGUUAAGUUAUUUGUAUUUUCUCUCUUUCAGUUCACCUUUAGAUUCUUUUUAUAAUAAAUUAAGAACAAAUUUAUAGUGAAAUGAUCUAAAAAACCGAUUGCAUCUAUAUUAUCUAAGACUAAACUUGUAGCUGCAAAACAAAAGGUAAAGUUAAUUCAAAUCUAAAUUCAAGACUUUCACUGAUGUAUGUAGAGAACUCUAACAACAUCCAACAAGAUGGACUUUCUCGGACCAAAAUUCUUGGUAUAUAUGCAUUGGCCGUCUUGGUAACAUACGAGUCACUAAUUAGAUCCAACAUAUUUAUUUAUAAUAAGAGAGUUCUAUGUCCUUUAAGUUUGUUUUACAUGAGACACCCACAAACUUUAAAACUAGUGUGUUUUAGUUAAUAUUUGUUACAUGAGACACACCCACACACUUGUUGUAGUUAAGGAUCCAAGAUCCUAUUUUGAAAGAAUAAUUAAGUAAAACACAAUUAGACUUUUCCUGCUCAAAAGAUAAAGUUAAAAUUCAUAUAUUUUAAAACGAAACAAUAACAGAAUUUUUUUAAUUUGAGCCAUUUUAAUUUUAACUUUAUAAAAUUAUUUUAAGCCUCAUUUUUUGUUGUUGAUCAAGCCGUUAUAGAUACCUCAAAAUUCAAUGUUUAAUCGAUUUAACAAUUGCCUUUUGUGUAUCUGAAACAUUUUGAUCAAUAAAAAUUGAGGUCAAAAAUGAAUUUUUUUCAAAAGUUGGAGAUUAAAAUGGUUUAAACGGAAUUUGAAAGUUAUUUUGGGCUUUUUUUUAAUUUGAAAGUUAUUUUGGUUUUUUUUUUGGUGUAAUUUGAAGGUUUUUUGGCCGUUUUCACCAAAAAGAAAUAAAAAAAAAAUUGUUGUUUUUAGUUAUCUAGUUCUUAGAGAAACACCAUCCAUCAGAAAGUUAUUUUCUUCUUUUAUUCUAUCAAAAGUUCAUUUAUACUGAUUAAGAAAAUGAUAGAAGAUCAUUGUACAAAUGUUUAAAUAACCAUGAUGAUGGAUAAAUUGAUUUGAAAUACCUAAUUUAGCUAAAAAUGUGAUUUUUCCUUGUUAUUUUUUCUAGAGUGUGAUUGGUAAGUGUUGAAGUAAAUGAGAAGAAAUUAAAGUAGAGGGAAUGAGUGGAAAAUUUAUAGUGUAAACAAACCAAAGAAAAUAAUAAUUAAUUGAAACCAACACAACUUUUUUACUCUAAAAAACAAUAUUUUACAGUUCAAUCACUAAAAAAAACACUGUUUAACAUCAUUUAUUUUCUAUUUUGGCAUUACUUAUAAAUGAUGUAAAAAUGUUUUGCAUCACUUAAAAAAUGACUCUGAAAGUGGUGAUGCAAAUAAUUUUACAUCAUUUUAUUAAUAAUUGAUGCAAAAAAAAUUCACAUCAGUUACUAUAGAUGAUUUUAAUAUGUACCAAUUGUAAAAAGAUGAUAUUAACAGUUAACAUCAAUUGAUGUUUAUAUUAGCAUCAGUUACAAUAAUUGAUUUUAAUUAAUUAUAUUAUUGAUUAAUAAAUAAAUUUAAAUUGAGACGAAUUUAAAAAAAAAAUUAAUCGUUAUAUUAUUUAUAAUAAUAAAUUUUACGUUUAUACAGUAUUUUGAUAAGAAAAAAAGAUAAAUAAUUUUUUAUUAAAAAUUUAUUUUUCAGUGACAAUACAAUCUAACAAAAAAUUAAAGAAAAAAUAAAGAAGCAGGAGGAUAAAUUUAUAGAGAAAAAAGAAAUGUAUAAAUAGAUAAACAGAAUUGGCCAUAGAAAUUUCUUAAGUCCAUAUUCUUCUUCUUUCUUUUCUUUUUGUUCUUUGUAUCUAUAUUUCAAUCUUCGUUGGUGGCGUGAAGACUUCUACUCUUUCUCCAUUUUUCAAAUCAAUGUUGUAUCGACUUUUACCUCUGGUCAUUCCCAAAGAUCUGUAAGCUAUAAACAGAAGACCUAUAAACUUGUAAUUUUCUCAAAACGUGAGAAAUUGAAUAAGUGAAGAAGGAAGAAAAUAAUACUUUCAUAAAUUAACUUUCAUAUCCUUCCUAAGAAAAAAAAAACAAAUUGCCAUCAUAAUGACUUAUAUAAGUGCUUGAUUCUUUUUGAGAAUUUGUUUUGAGUCGAAUAACUUAGAACCAUAAAUUUAAAACUGAUAAAAAAAAUCUAAGAAGUUGAAACAGUAAGAGGAUUUAUUUUUGGGAAGAAACCUCCUCUCCCAGGAUUCGUUUUGGGAAGUAAGGGAGGAUGGGAAAGGAUCUUGGAUCUGGAGGAAGCUUCUCAAGUUGAGAGAGUUGGCUUAUCAAUUCAUCCGGUUUGAGAUUAACGAUGGUCACACUGCAUUUUUUUGGCAUGAUGACUGGUUGCAGAUGGGGAGACUCAUGGAUAUCACGGGUGAUGUGGGUACGUACUACCUUGGGGUUGCGAGAACCGCUCGAGUUAGUGAAGCAGUUCUGGGUUAGCAAUGGAACAUCAGAGGUCACAGGAGUAGGCAUUACCAUGCACUUCAUGACUGUAUCCAGAAUGAAAGGGUACCACUUGAUGAACAUGGUAGAGACGUGGUGCUUUGGAAGCAUGAUGAGAACACAUAUAAACCGCACUUCUCUUCUAGUAGAACUUGGGAACAAGUACGGGUGAAGAAGAAUAAGGUGGUCUUGAGCAAGAGUGUUUGGUUUUCACAGGGCGUUCCUAGAUACUCUUUUAUUGUUUGGCUGGCAAUAAAGGAUCAACUAUCAACUGGAGUGCGUAUGAGGGCGUGGGGCAUACAGCAAGGUUGCUUGAUGUGUGGAGAAAGGGAUGAGUCGAGGGACCAUAUCUUUUUUGCUUGUCCCUUUACUUUCACUGUCUGGAAUAGACUUGCAGGACGGCUGUGUGGGCGAUGGAUCAAUCCCGACUGGAGUCUUACUCUGCAAUUUGUUACCAGAAACACUCUUAGCAGCUUGGACAAGAUACUAGUCCAAAUGCUGUUUCAGACAUGCAUCUAUUACAUGUGGAAGGAGAGGAAUGAUCGUAGACAUCAGAAAGGUUAUCACAGUACAGAGCAAGCUAUCCGAAUCAUCGACAAGGCCAUACGGAACCGAAUCAGUUCUCUUCGAUACAAACCUGAUCAUAAGCUAGCCGGGUUGAUGCAGCGUUGGUUUGAGGUUUUUGAUAACACAUAGGUCUUUACGAGCAUUUUCUUUGUAUAGAUCAUAGCUUAUAGUUUUCUCACCCAAUGUAAAUGCAUAUUCUUUACUUGAUCAAUAAAUUUCACAUUUCAUCAAAAAAAAAAACAGUAAGAGGAAGAGGAAGAUGAAGAUAUUAGUUAUUGACAAAGAACAACAUGCAUUGUUUUACUGAGGUAGCAAAAAGAAGUAGUUAAAACACAAAAAAUAUUCCUUACGAGAUUGUGAUCUAUUUCUUUUGUUGUUUAUCUAUUUUUUUAACGAUAUUGGUUCAAGUAAUUAUGAUAAUGGUUCCUUCUGGGAUAUACAUAAUUAAUUGCAUUGUUUUAUUGAUGUAAAUUAUCUUUACAUUAACUCAAAUGUUUUAACUGAUGUAAAUUAAAAUUAAAAUAACAUCAUUUUAUUAAACUGAUGUCACAGAUAAAUAUAUUAAUAUAGUUUAAGUUAGCAUCAAUUUUUUAUUGAAGUAAACUAUGUAUCAUUUUAAUAAAUGACAACUAUGUAUCAUUUUAAUAAAUGAUAUCGACAAAAAACAAUGAAUAUAUCAUUUAUUUUUGAAUUAAAUUAAUGAAUAUGUCAUUUAUUUAACUGAUAUAAUUAUUUAUCAGAGUAUCAUUUUUAGUAAAGUGAUACAAAAUACAAAAAAAAAAUAUAUCAUGCAAAAUAAAUUAAAAAUAAUAUCACUUAUUAUAAAUGAUGCUAAUUUAUAUUUAUUUGUCUCAUUUAUAAAUAAGUGAUUUGAAAUAGAAUCACUUAAUUAUGUGAUACAGUUUAACUGAUUCAAUUUAUUUCUUUUUUUGUAGUGAAUUGUUUUCCACUUGAUUGACACAACAAAAGCUGAAAUGAGAGUACAUGUUUUUUUCACUCAAAAUAUAUUUUGAUAUCAAAUUACACUCCUAGUGUAUCUAAAUAAAUAAUGAAAAAUUUUGAUUCCAUACAUAGAUAUCCUAAUAAAAUAUUUUCAAUGCAAACAUUUAUUAGUUUUCUGUAAUGAUAUCUACGAAUAACACUUUAAAAUCUCUUACAAAGUGAUUGAAUGUAAAUCCAUUUUCUAUUGUUUUGCAUAUUUGAUUAGUAGAAAGCGCCUCCACAACCGUCGUCACAUUGCCAAUCGAUGAUAUUCCCCAAAGUAAAGUGUUUUUGUUUUGAUCUCUUGCAAUCGAACAUGUAUUUUCUUGAAUCUGAUUCUUUUAAAUAUGAAUAAAAUUUAAAUUUAACAAGCCCAUUAUUUGGUUGUGCCCAUUUAUAUUUUUUGUCUUCAUUGUCAGGUGAACUUCAAGUGACUGGUUCUCCCUCGUACUGUAAUUCACUUGUAGGCUUGGUUGUAUCGUUGAUCCAUUUUUGUACCUCAAUAUGUGCUUCCAUAAUAACGUUUUGGUAGAUGAUGUUAUUUUGAAACAUUAGGUUACAUCUUGACUUCCAUAUUCUCCACAUGAUCCAAAAGGAAGCAAACUUUCAGAUUGGAUAGCCCUUGUAUGUUUUGGACAUUGAUGAUUGAAAUAGUAUGAUCGCCACAUAAUGUGAUGGUAAUGUUUCUAUGUACUUUCAGACAUUCUCCAGAUCAUUUAUGAGAUCAGACAUGAAAAAAAGUAUGUGAUAUAAUUUCUGGUAUCGAGCAACAUCUCCGAAACAUAUCCGUAAAAUUACCCGUUGUACUUAAUCUAGCUGUUGUCCCAAAUUCUUGAUAGGAUCCUCCAUAUGAAAUAUUUUAUUUUUGGCAUGGUCUAGAGCUUCCAUAAUAUUGAUUUUAGUCCAUUAUCACCAUAUGGUGUAUUAAUGUUUGUUAUCAUGGAUUUGAUGUUUUAUCUUUUGUCCAAUAACUACUUUCUCCACACGUUGUAUAGUUACAGAUAACUCAAUCCUUUUUAUCUUUGAUUGUAACUAGAUUAAUAUGAUUAUUUUACUAUAUUCCUCAUAAAAUAACUUGUCUAUAAGAUUGGUAUUCCAUUGUUGGCUACUACUUGUGGAGGUAAUCAAGUUCUAACUAAUAGAUCAUUGACUAUUUGAUGGCAUAUAGCUGAUCGGGGGGAUUGCUUUCUAUCCAAUUGUCUUUAUAGUCUUUUGUUGUUUCUCCAUCACCAAUUAUGGUGCAUAAUCCUUUCUUAAGAUGAUGAAACCAGUAACAAUGUAACUUCAUUCAUACGGUUGAUUUGUGAGUUCAAUAUAAUUGUGUCUUUGUUAUAUCAAUCUUUCAUUGGUCGUGCAAAUAAAGAGUUCAUGUGUUUGUGAAGUCCUAAUACUUGAUUAGCCAAAAGAGAAUCAUUAAAACUUUAUGAAUCCUUAAAACCUAAAUCUUCUUCCUUCAGGGUCUGAAUGGUAACAUGUUAGGUGUUGUACUGUUAUAAUAGUAAUAAAAGCGUAUAAUUACAUCUAUAAAUGUAGAGAUUUUUGUUAAUAUUAACCGCAGCGUGGUGCGGUUCAAAGUGUUACCAUUUCAAAGCCUUAGAAUAUUGCAGUUUGUUUUCAUGCAAUCCAUUAUAUAAUUUUGUUAUGAUAUCCGGGUUCGCACCAAAAAAAAUGCAUUAACAUAUAUGUUAUUUCAUCCACUAUUUUUUUUUUGUAAUUUAAAGCAAGACACUGAAAAAACUGGCAUUGAAACCCUCACUGAUUUAGUAAGUGUCCGCUUUUCCAGUAUAUGACAUAAACUUUGUGCUCCAGUUUGAUCCUAGUUGACAAACCUUGUUUAAAAUGUUUUCAAACAUUUCUUUCUUUAAUGUUCAAAUUGUUUCAACAGCCCUAUCUAUUUAUCAUCUCGUCCAUGAUAUCUAUUCCAUGAUUUGGAAUAUUCAAAAUGUCCUUAAGUUGUAGCUGUAGCACCAUGUGUAUUUGAGCCGAUAGUGAUUAUGGAUCUGGAUGGAUUAAUUUUUGAUCUGAUGCAAGCUCAUGUUCUUUGAGAAUUUCUUCAGUUUCUCUGCUUUUCUUAGUAUUUGCUUGACAAAAAAAAGAGAAUCAUCUGCAAAGAGGAGUCAUGAGAUAGGAGAGAAUCCAUAACCAUUUAAUUUCCUUUUUCAGACCAAAUGUUAUCUGCAAUUAGAUUAAUCAAAACAUUUGCACUUAUUAUAUGGAGGUACAAAGAUAAGGGGUAACCUGUCAGAGACCCUUUGUAGCCUUAUACCUUCUUGUACAUUUCCAUAUAUAAUAACUCGAUAUUCUAUAGACUUCACAGUUUUCAUAAUCUAUUUGUUCAAAUGUCCAUUGAGACUGAAGGCUCUUAAUGUUAAUUCUAAAAAAUCUCAUUCUUUCGUGAUGCAUGUCUUUAUUACCAUUUCAUUAUGUGAAACUCGUUUCUUUGAUUUUAACGAGUGCAUUAGGUCAAGCACAAUUAGGAUGUUAUGAAGGCACUUUGAGAUUCAGAUAUUCUCUUAUUAAUUGUGGAAGUGACUUAAAUCUCUGUGUACCAUUAAAAGAUCACAUUCGUUUAGUACAAUAUGCCUUUUGGAUUAUGAAAAGUAUCUUUAGUAAAAUAAAAAUGUUUUCCUAUAGAAAAAGAGGCUAGUAUAAAUACGGGUUAAAUGAUUGAAAUUAUAAUUUUCACACAAUCAAUAUAGAUAUUCUAAAUGGGUAUUUUUCUCAAUCAUACUUUUUCUCUUACUUUCGUCGAAGUUAAUUUCUCUUAUGUGCACAACAAUUUUCUCAAGAAAAACUUUUAUCUUCUUUACUAAUUUUUUGAAACAUUUUGUAAAUCAUAUUGCACAAACCGGUGGACCUAUAAUCAUAUAAUGUUGCUGGCUUAGCUAUUUUAGGAUCAUACAAAUUUUUUUAUGGUUGGUUCCAUUUUUCAUAUAUGAUGUAUCAAGUGUUUUAGCUUCACAGAUCACAUCUUUUCAAAUAAUAUUCCUACCUAACUAAUACAAAUGAGUUGUUAAGGCAUCAGGUCCCAUAUAUGUAUCCUCACAUAUAUAUUUCAUGAUUGUCUCUGCUAUUUUUGUUGCAUUCACCAUUUUUCAUUAAUUUGGCAUUUAUUUCUCUUUAACGAACGGUUUGAACAAGUUCUAAAUUGAUAUUUCACAGUUAAAGAAAAAAUAAAAAAAUAAUAAUAACUUUUAUCUUAUUUUUUGUUAUUAUAAAAUUUGCCAUUCUGAUUUUAAUUAAAAUCAGGACGUCCAAGAUAAUUAUUUUGGUUGUGCUAUUUUGGGCUUUUAAAAGCUAUGGCAAGAUUGUACCAUGGUUUGUUAUGGGCAAUGCAAGAAUCACUUAAUCUAUCAAACAUGGAAUAUUAAAAUUCAAAGAGAGCACUAGAAACAUUAUGACUCUAAAACUUUUACUCAGAGUAACAAUUAUAUUUGACAAAGAAAUAAGAUUUUUUAUCAAAUUAAUAUUUUAAAUAAAAUUACUUCUAGUAGUCUGACCUUUAUAUUUUUUUACCUUUUUCAUAAGAAUGCAACUUUGACUGUUCCGAGGAUCAUGGUUGUUUAUAGAGAAGUUAUCCAUAAGAAAAAAAUCCAGUUUGUAACUUUUUUAGCAGUAUAAGUAAUCUAGCCACACAAUGAUGGUCUAAUAACAUGUGAGUUUUAGAUUGAUAAGCAAUUUUUCAAAGGCCCUUAACAAUACUCGAUCGUGUGGCCACACAAAUAUGUGCUUCUUAAUUACAAUUCAUUUGAAUACCGGAAAGAAGGUAUAUAUGUGGAUUACAUUUUUCUUUGGAAAUUAAUUUGAGCCCCCUCAAUAACUUCGGGAUACUCUAGAUUAAAAAGUAUGUAAUCGUUUACAUUCGUACAAAUCUUCUACUAUAUAACAAUUCUAUAUAAGAAAAUGUUAUUUAUUUAUAUUAUUCAAAAACUGAAAUGCUAUUAUUGUACAUUAAGAGAAAGAAAAAAAUACAUUCAACCAUACUUUAUACAGAAAGAUAUCAUCAAUUGUCAACCUCACAAUUUUAAUUUAAUUUAGUAAAAUUGUAAUAUAUAUAUAUAUACAAUAAUAUAUGAGGUGUUUUUAUUUUUGCUUCAGAAGUCAGAAAAGAUUUAGGAUUUUCCAUAAAAGAAAGAAUUAUAAAAAGGAAAUUAUUCAAAAAAAUGUUGGAAUACAGGGUUUGGAGAUGAAUGAUGAAUCAUCCGUGAUGAUCCAAGGGUCAUGAUCUAUCAGUUAAACGAAGCCUUGAUACUCUUUCUAUCAGAAGGUAUAUUACUUUCAAUCUCAUUAACAAGAGAUAUGACCGAGGAAGUAUAUUAUAGAAAAAAAAGAUUGCACAUCUUGACCAAUUUGACUGGAAAAUCAUCUAUUUAAACUUAGUAUACAACAAAGAUCAUUUCACCACCACCAUAAAAAAUCUAAGAAAUAUCAUGGCUUAUUCUUCUUCUCUUUUUCCUUCUCCAUUUUUCUCAACUGAUUCUUCUUUGUUUGAAGUGGAGGUAACUCGAGACGAGUUCCAUUCUUUCCACAAAAUCGACAGAGACUUGUUCACUCGCCUCGUCUUUGUUCUAAAACGAGACAUGAACCAAUCGUCUCAAGUGAUUGCGUUUCUCCUCGUGGUCGAGCAACUUGGCUUCGCACGCAACUUGGUCGCGUGUCUUGUCUCAUCACAAGACAUGUUAAUCGAUGCGGUGGCCAACGAAGUCGGUGUGUGUCUAAGUAUCUUAUACAACCAAAACUACUCAAGCUUCGUCCUCCUUAACCACAACAACAAUGAUGAGGUGGUUAUUCCUUUUCUCAAAGGUGUAACUAAUAGUAAUCUCACUCUCAGUUACAUCAUUCAGUACCGCGACACUAUUCUCGUUAGAGUGACAAAAAAUUUGAACGAUGUCUGCAACCGAGCUUUCGACGAUAUAUACGAGAAGGGCUACAAGGAGCAACGGCUGGCGUUAGAGAGGGCAAAAGUCAUUGAGGAGAUGAAGAAGAUCCGGUUGGGUGCUCCACAACAAACCCCUACUAGGUUUAGUGUUCAACACCAAACCCCUAGCUGGAGGAAUGUUCAACAACAGAUCCCUCGUAGGUCGAAUGUUCAACAACGAACCUCUAUUAGGUCGAGUGUUCGACGAUCAACCCCUCUAAAUGUGAGUGCUCCACAAGAAUGGGUUCCUUCUCCAGCUGUUGAAGAAAAAGCAAAGGCGGCCGUGACGGAGACAAAGGGGGCGGACAACAAGGAGGACGAGGAAGAGGUGACGCCGGCGGAUGAUAGGACGGUGUUUCUGACGUUUUCCAAAGGAUAUCCAAUUUCUGAAUCGGAGGUUAGAGUUCACUUCACGAGGAAGUUUGGAGAAGUGAUAGAAUCCAUAGUGAUGCAAGAAGUGCAAGAGAAUGAGCAGCCCUUGUUUGCGAGGAUGGUGUUGAAGAUGGAAUAUGCGUCCAAGAUUGAAGAGAUCGUGACUCCAAUGAACAAAAACAAGUUCACUAUUGAUGGAAAACAUGUUUGUGUUCGCAAGUUCUUUCCUGACCCCUCCUCCUCGCAUGUUUGACCGUCUUCUGGAGUUUUAUAAGUUGUGUUUUGCUUCUGAAUAAAAAAUGGUGUUUGUUCUUUAUUACUACAUUGUAAUUCUUUAGUGGCAAGAUGGAUUACCUAUUUAUAAUAUAUCUUUUGUUUUAAAUGUCAUUUUUUUCUAUUAGAUAAUACAAUUUUAAAACCUGAAGUGCCGCACCCAAGGAGCAAAAGACUUUUUUUUCCUCGGUUGUAAAAAUUCAGAAUAAAUAGUUAAAUUAAAUUACUGAUAUAGUGAUAUAGAAUUAGAAUAUUAGUAAUUAAAUUAGAAUCUUAACAUUAAUGACAUUUAUAAAUUUGAUAAAAAAUAUCACAAUAUCAGAUUUUUCAAUUUUACAAAAUAAAACUUUUCUUGGACCAAAGUUUAAAAUUAAUUACGAUAAAAUUAUAUGUAAGGUAACAAACGCCUCUCAUAAAAUUAUCAUUAUCAAACAAAAUUUAGGUUGUACCUAUUUCGUAGUACGAUACUGUUUUUUUUUAUGAAAAUAAAUUUCAACAUGUAGAAAAAAGAGAUACGGACUAACAUGAAUAGACAACAAAAACAAACAAACAAAUAGUAGCCAUUGGAAUUAUUUUGCAAGGAAUUUAUUCAUUAUUACUGGAAAGUGUCGGAUUUUGAAAUGUAAAAUGCAUCAUAUAAUUUGGCGUAUGUAGUUCGUACAGAAGAAUAAUAAAUCCAAGCUUGAUCAGACGGGUACCAAAUAUGGUAUUCACGAUCAAAGCUUGAUCUUAAGAUUCAUACAAGAAAAGAAUAAACCAAAGCUAUUAGAUGGUACUACGAAGACAAUACUACUUCUGUAGGCAAAAAUAUCGAUGAACUCUAGUUAAAUCCCACCAUUAUGUCUUUUUGCAAAGAUAAAAGCAUGAGUUCUGUAUUGUGUUUACCCAAGAAUUUUGAUGAAUCAUAUAACUCUGUUCUUGUAUUUCAACAUGUACAAACCAAUUAACCCUAAUUAAAACCCCUUACCAAUCCUUUAGUUUCAGCUAUGACAAUUUGACUUUUGAUACAGUAGGCAUACAGUAGGCUACAGAUGUUCGGUACAACUUGUAAUAGUGUUUAAAACAUGGUUGUGAAAUCUUUCCAGAGUGCUCUUCUGCUGCAUCUGUGGAGUUGACAGAGACAAGAGCCAAUGCGACAAUACAAGAAAGAAUUACCGCAAUCGGUGGAUAUGUGGAAAUAAUGGAGAAAGGAGUCUUCGGGUUGAAGAGUGGAGGUAGAAGCGUGGGAAGUCCAAUGCUGCAACUAAUUGCUAUUAUUUAUGGAGAACAUGCGGUGAAAGGAAAGCUCUAGAAGCAUAUAUGGAGGAUAAACCUUCAAUUCAUCCUCUUAAAGGCAAGAAAUAUGCUCGUCUUCUACAUACCAUUCUCAAUCAACCAGUGCUCAUGGUAUUGUUGUUACUCUCAAACACACCACAUGAGUAAUGAUGAUAUUGCUUGGAAUUGUCAAAAGUUAGAAAUACCUCUGAUAAUUCUACAUCUGAAGGAUAUUAGGAGAGUUCAAAAUUCUGAUGUUAUGCUUCUCAUAUAAAUCAUGAAUGUAGAUAAGUGUGUAUAUAAGGUAGAAAAAGAACUAAGUUUGACAAAAAAAAAAAAAGAACUAAAAAGAA